GUUUGUGAGAUAUGGCAUAGUGCAAUGGAAACCCAUUAAUUAAUUGUAGUCGUACGCAUUGAAAAUGGCUGAAUUGUUUUUUGGUGAAUUACAAUAAAUUAAUUUCAAUGCUAAUUGCCACUGUGAAAUUGACUAAAAUCCAAAUUGCGUAGUCGCGAGUAUGGAUGUAGACGAUUCAGCUGUCGACCUGAGCGUCAGGUCUUUGCCCCCUGAGUUGAGCGAGCUCCGGGCUCUCACGGCCAGCGGGCUGACCAUAACGCCAGCUCAGCCUCCUCCACAUAUUAUUGAUAGAGGAGCGAGCGGUAAGCGCGUGCUGCGGCCGCGCUCGGAGCAGCGCAGCUACGCCGAGAGCCCGGACAUCGUGCUCCUGCCCGCCGCGCCGCCGCACCGCAAGCCCAGCGCCGCCCCCUUCACGGACAUGAGCAGCAAGAUGAACUCAACAUCAGCAGUCAACGUGUCCAUAACCGCUGCAGCCGCUCCUGAGUCUCCGAGGGACCCCCGAGAUGACGACUCCUCUGACGAUGAGAAUGAGCCCCCCAUACCUCCUGUAGACCGGGAGCUGUCGAGCGCGGAGAUAUGGGAGCGCGAGCGCCUAGUCCGCGCGUUGCGUGAAAAACUUCGCGCCGAAGAAACGCGUUUGGUCCUUCUGCGAAAGAUUCGCCAGUCGCAAUGCGCGCCACCCAAGCAGCAGCAGCAGCAGCAGCAGGCGGAGGCGGCCGGCACGGCGCUGGCGGCGUCGGGCUGCGUGGUGCCGCCCGGCGUCACCGUCACGCCCGCGCCGCCGCCCGCGCACCAGCACAACAAGCGGUCGACCAGCACGGCGAACGCGACGGCGGCGACGGCUAACUCGAGCCGGCGCACCUCCAGCCUGCCUGGCGGCGCCACUCUCACUCCGGGACCCUACCGCACUCAGUCGUCUGGCAGCGGCGCGAGCAUCACGCCCUCCGUCACCAUCACGCCGGCGCCGCCGCCCGCCGCCGCCAACGCCAAGCCGGCUCAGGAUAACUCGUCGGUGACUAGCAGUACCAGCGACGCAGCCAGUUCGCGCAGCGGCGAGGAGUCACAGACACCAGCGCAGCGCCAGGCGGCUGCCAAGUUGGCGCUUCGCAAGCAGCUCGAGAAGACCCUCUUGCAAAUCCCGCCGCCCAAACCGCCGCCGCCGGAGAUGAACUUUAUCCCCUCGCCCUCCAACACCGACUUCGUAUAUCUGGUCGGCUUGGAGCAUGUGGUCGACUACCUCACCAACGAGGACCGCAUGCCGCGCUCCACAGUCCCAGCAGUGUGCGCUCAAUGCGGCUGCGACUUUACUCCCGUGUGGCGCUGGGAGCGCGCGCCUUCACGCCGUCUAGAUCCCACCUUCACCGCGCCACCGGCCCCGCCGCAAGCACGGCGCCUGUGCGAGCUGUGUGUGUCCGGCAACGUCAAGAGAGCGCUCAAGGCGGAGCACACGGCGCGGCUGAAGACGGCGUUCGUGCGCGCGCUGCAGCAGGAGCAGGAGAUCGAGCGCCGCCUGUCCGCCGCUUGCGCCUCGCCGCCCGCCUCCUCCUCCACCCCCGCCGCCUCCACCCCCGCGUCCGCCGCCACCCCCGCGCCGCCGCCCGCGCACGCGCACGCGCACCGACCGCAGAUGUCGGUGACGCGCACCAGCGCGCGCGCCGCGCCCACGCCGCCCGCCGCGCCGGCCGCCAAGCCCGCGCCGCAAGCGCCCGCCAGCCGCAGCUCGUCUCUCGGUUCGUCAUCCCUGGAGCGCGCGGAGCGCCACCACGAGCGGCGCGCGGAGGGCGAGGCGCCCGCCAAGAAAGGUAAAGGCUCGUCUUCGAGCAGCACGAGCCAGAGCAGCAGCAGCAAGCCGCAUCAGUUCGCGGCGGCGGCGGCGGCGCAGAUGGCGUUCGAGCAGCACUCCGCGGCCGCCAUGCAGGCGCUGCAGCACCAGCUGCUCAGAGGUCUGAGCGGUGCGGGCGCCAGCGGCAGCAUGUCCCCCGCCGCCGCCGCGGCCGCCAUGAUGCAGUUCAGCCCGCUGCUCUACACCUACCAGCUCGCCAUGGCGCAGGCCUCGGCCCUCGGCAAGCGGUCUGGUAAGAACAGCAGCGGCAGCAGCAGCGCAGCCAUGGCGGAGAUGCAGCGCGUGGCCGAGGCGCAGCGCCAGUACCUGCUCGACAUGAUCCCCGGCCAGCACGCGCGCAACCCCUGGACCAAGAACUAA